AUGACAGGUGUUUGGCCAGAAUCUAAGAGUUUUAAUGAUGAAGGAUAUGGUCCAAUCCCUAAAAAGUGGCAUGGAACUUGUCAAACUGCUAAAGGGAAUCCAGAUAACUUUCACUGCAACAGGAAGCUUAUUGGAGCAAGAUAUUUUAACAAAGGCUAUCUGGCAAUGCCAAUUCCUAUUAGAGACCCAAAUGAAACAUUCAAUAGUGCACGUGACUUUGAUGGUCAUGGUUCACAUACUUUAUCAACUGUUGGAGGAAAUUUCGUUGCUAAUGCGAGUGUAUUUGGCAAUGGCCGAGGAACAGCAAGUGGUGGAUCACCAAAAGCUCGAGUUGCAGCCUAUAAGGUUUGCUGGGGGGAUUUAUGUCAUGAUGCAGAUAUUUUGGCUGGUUUUGAAGCUGCAAUAAGUGAUGGUGUUGAUGUACUUUCAGUGUCUUUGGGUAGAAAUUUUCCUGUUGAAUUUCACAAUAGCAGUAUUUCCAUAGGGUCUUUCCAUGCAGUUGCCAACAACAUCAUUGUUGUGUCUGGUGGAGGAAAUUCAGGACCUGAUCCUAGUACUGUAUCCAACUUGGAACCUUGGACACUUACAGUUGCUGCAAGCACAAUUGAUCGAGAUUUCACAAGCUAUGUUAUUCUUGGUAACAAGAAAAUACUCAAGGGAAAGAGCCUUUCAGAGCAUGAACUACCGCGGCAUAAGUUGUAUCCAUUGAUUAGUGCUGCUGAUGCCAAAUUUGAUCAUGUGUCAACGGUAGAAGCCCUCUUGUGCAUUAAUGGAUCUCUUGAUUCUCAUAAAGCAAAGGGAAAAAUAUUGGUAUGUCUUCGAGGUAACAAUGGUAGAGUUAAAAAGGGUGUAGAAGCUUCUCGAGUAGGUGCUGUUGGAAUGAUUUUGGCUAAUGACGAGGCUUCAGGCGGUGAAAUUAUAUCUGACGCUCAUGUGCUUCCCGCUUCACAUGUUAACUUUAAAGAUGGAAACGUCAUUUUAAAAUAUGUCAAUUACACCAAGUCUCCUAUAGCUUAUAUUACUAGAGUUAAAACACAAUUGGGUGUAAAGGCAUCUCCAUCUAUAGCUGCAUUUUCAUCAAGAGGACCAAAUAUCCUUGCCCCUUCAAUCCUUAAGCCUGACAUCACUGCACCAGGAGUCAAAAUAAUUGCAGCUUAUAGUGAAGCUUUACCUCGUUCACCAAGUGAAUCUGAUAAGCGAAGAACUCCUUUUAAUAUUAUGUCAGGCACUUCGAUGGCAUGUCCUCAUGUUGCUGGACUUGUUGCGCUGCUCAAAUCUGUCCAUCCUGAUUGGAGUCCAGCUGUUAUCAAGUCAGCAAUCAUGACUACAGCAACAACAAAAGACAACAUCGGAGGUCAUUUGUUGGAUUCAUCGCAAGAAGAAGCAACUCCUAAUGCAUAUGGUGCAGGGCACGUUCGACCUAAUCUUGCAGCAGAUCCUGGACUUGUGUAUGACCUAAAUAUAACUGAUUAUUUGAACUUUUUAUGUGGUCAUGGAUACAACAACUCCCAACUUAAAUUGUUCUAUGGAAGACCUUACACUUGUCCCAAAUCCUUCAAUUUAAUUGAUUUCAAUUAUCCAGCCAUCAUAGUUCCGAACUUUAAAAUUGGACAGCCUUUGAACGUUACUCGUACUGUAACCAAUGUCGGGUCUCCAAGCAGGUAUAGAGUGCAUAUCCAAGCACCCACAGGAUUUCUAGUUUCAGUGAAGCCUAACAGACUAAAUUUUAAGAAAAAUGGUGAAAAAAGAGAGUUCAAGGUUACAUUAACCUUGAAGAAAGGAACUACAUAUAAGACUGAUUACGUCUUUGGAAAAUUGAUUUGGACCGAUGGAAAACAUCAAGUUGCGACUCCUAUUGCAAUAAAGUAUCCACAUUAGU